AUGGAAAGAUCCUCUAAGGAGGACUUCCGGGUCUCCAGACCGAACCUGGAUGGGGAGUCUACGGGAAGGGUGUACUUUCCUUUUGACAUCAUAAGAUGCAGAAUAUGCUUUGAGGUUUUUCAUGCGAAACACCACAAAAGCCAUCCAUGCUUUCUAAAGGAUGUUGACAGGCAAGGCGAUCGGGAGACAGGAAGUAUUCUUGCGGAGGGGAGAAAUGAAAAGCCACGCUCAAAGGGGUCUCUGAAGAGCAUGGAAAGCACGAUAAACGUGGAAGAAGACUUCUUCAGGGAUCCAGGGUAUCUUGCGGAAGCUCUCAACAUAAGCCCAGUCGUCAACAAAAUCUGGAGAUUGUCACGCGUGUCGUUGUCUAGGGAAAAGUCCUUGGUAGGAAUAGAUAGACGAAAGUACAGAGGAAAAUGGAAGGUGCUUGUUCCGCAAACUCAAAAAACAAUGGGUGGUGACCCAUCAUGGACAAGGCGUUGA